UUCUCUGCCUUUUUUAGCCUAAUCGACCAACAUUCGCUUUCUCUGUCUGUUCCAACCAUGGACAUCCUCAAAAUAGUACCUGACGAAUUUACCCAACCAGAGGAACACAAACCUAUUGCGCAUGUGAUAUUACCUACAGAGGGCUUCUGUGUCAAAUUAAAAACCACAAAACAAGAGAAGGUUUUCGUGAAUGUAUGCCACUCAGAGAAAGUUCCCGCUCCUCGUGAGAUCAGCGAAGCUGAAUUGCAAUCCAUUCUGGAGGAUAUUGAAGGAUCACCUCCCUUUAAGAUACCCAUGAGCAUUGGAGAGGCACAUGUAGAAACUGACGCCGCUGGGAAAGCAUGCACCGCUUACGAUGUGAUCAUCCAUCCAAACUUCUUGAAACAAGUUCGAUCUUCGGAGUUAUUCGAGGCGUUUUUGAUGACAGUCAUUUUUGAAGGCCUGGAAAGCAAGUACGGCGUGACAUUGGAACGAAAUUGGAUCAUUUUGAAGAAUAAAAAGGCGCUAGGGAGACUACAAGAGCAACAUGUCCGUGCGGAAAGCCGACCAGCCAUUGUCGAGUUGGACACUCCUGUACCCGGUUUUAAACCAACUCUAAUCCAGGAGAUGCCCGUACAGCGAGAUAUCAAUUUGAGUGUUCAGGGUGAGGUGCCCCAGUACACCCUAACUGCUGUACCUGAUGCAAAAAAUCCGGAAUACUUGGUUUUUCAGACUAAAUUACCAAAGUUGAGAUCUAGUCGCGGCGUCAUGCUGGACGUUGCGUCUGAUUUACUCCAGUUGACCACUCGUAGUCAAGUAUACACUCUCCAAACAGUGCUCGAUCCUCCGGUCGAUGAAGAGGCGACCGCAGCGGAGUUCAACCGGGACAACCAGGUCCUCACCGUUACAAUGCCUGUCAGGCCAGUACCGAUCAAGUAAACUACGCUCACAAGUCGCUCUCACUCCAAUCUUGUUUCUCCUCAUCGCUGGCCUAUUGGGGUAUGCACAAUGCAUUUGAGCUCCAACUCUGUUCACUGUUGUCCUGGUUCCACUUCCUGUACCGCCCUGCAUUCAACCGUAAAAUAAAUAACCAUGAUGUCU